GCAUCCCUUCCACCAUUCUGCGAUAGCCUUAGCUUCUACUCACAGGGAAACAUGGUUUCGCUCAAACUCCAAAAACGUCUCGCCGCCAGUGUCCUCAAGUGCGGAAGGGGAAAAGUUUGGCUCGAUCCAAACGAGGGAAAUGAGAUCUCUAUGGCUAAUUCCCGCCAAAACAUAAGGAAGCUGGUUAAGGAUGGGUUUAUCAUCAGGAAACCUACCAAGAUUCAUUCCAGGUCACGUGCUCGUCGUAUGAAGGAAGCUAAGAGGAAGGGAAGACACUCUGGAUAUGGUAAGCGUAAGGGUACCAGGGAGGCAAGGCUUCCAACCAAGAUCCUUUGGAUGAGGAGAAUGCGUGUGCUCAGACGUUUGCUCCGCAAGUACCGUGAGUCUAAGAAGAUUGACAAGCAUAUGUACCAUGACAUGUACAUGAAGGUUAAGGGUAAUGUGUUUAAGAAUAAGAGAGUUCUAAUGGAGAGCAUCCACAAGUCUAAAGCUGAGAAGGCAAGAGAGAAGACCUUGUCAGACCAGUUUGAGGCCAAGCGUGCCAAGAACAAGGCCAGCCGAGAAAGGAAGUUUGCGCGCAGGGAGGAGCGUUUUGCUCAAGGUCCUGGAGGAGGAGAGAAGCCAGCAGCAGCUCCUACUGCUGCUCCACCAGCUGAAGUUGCAAAGCAAACCCAACCAUCAAAGAAAUCCAAGAAGGCCGUGGCAGCUUGAAUUUGUGUGGCAGAAUAUUAGGGCUUGCAUCCUCUGUUACUGUUCUAAAUUAGUUUUGACGAGUCAUUUUGUUGGUUUAAGACAGUUUUCAUUUAUCAGGUGUAUGAAUUUAUAAUAGUCCCUGUUUUAAAUGGUGUUUUGCUUUAUUUGUUAUGAAUUUUGUUGCGGAAACACUAAUGUUAUACUUUGUUAGCUUCCUCUAUACUUUGCAACUAUGUUUACAUGCAUUCUCAA